AAUUAGCAGCAUAGAAUCGAAUUGUAAAGCGUUCACUGAACACUGCUUGAAGUUCAUUUUUCAUCGUCUAUAUCCUUAUCCUCUAAUCCUUCAACAUGAAGUUCGUAUUUGCCGUAGUCAUGUUGGCCCUUGCCGCCGGUGUCCAGUCAUCUUUGCUAACAGCUCAGGUUGCACCAGGUGUAUCGUUUGUUGCUCCAGCUGUGCCCGGACCCGCCCCAUGGGCUGGACCUUGGGGUGGACCAUGGGCUGGUGCUCAUGCCGCCGGUGUAUGGGGUGGUAUUGCUGGACCAUGGGGACCUGCUGGAUAUGGUGCUUGGGGUCCUGCUGGUCAUGGUGCCUGGGGUGGUUAUCCCGGUAUCUCAUUGAGCCAAGGUCCCGGACCAAGUGCUGCCCAUGGACCAGGUGUUUAUGUUGCUAAGACUCGUGGUGCCGUUCACACUGCUCCUUUGGCUGGUCACAUUAACUCCGCCACCUCAGUCAAUUUAGCCCCUGCUCCUGGAACCCACUAGAUAGCCAUUGCGGUAACGAACUGAUAAAACUGGUUUUACAUAGUCUGCGCUACAUUACUUCUUGCUUCAGCUUAAAUCCCCUUUCCACAUCUAAGGAGUUUCUUUCGAUUAUUUACGUCCUCCAAUACCAAUUCACCACUAGCACACACAAACUUUACCAUCUGGUCAAGGAGGCGUUACUGGGUCCAAUCUAUUUACCAUCAUCGAUCCAAUGCCCUGUACACCAAGUCCCAGAAUAAUGGCAACAAUUCAACAACAUCUACGAACAGAACACAAAACUCUACACCUAACUAUGCCUUAUCCUCCAUUUUCUAUCUUUACUCUUUAACUGUAAAUAUGAAAACAACAAAAUAUUGCAACAACAUAAAAAUCUA